AUGGGAUCGGGCUCCCUUGGUGCCCCAACUGCCACCAGGAAUUCCCCAUUCCAACGCAGACCUGUGUCCCCAGGGGCAGUGUCCCCGUCCCCACUCCGACCAGCACCGACAUCUCCAUUGGCGACACCGCCUGUCAAGCAACAGCAAGGAGGAGGGUCCAAUGUAAGCGAGUUGACGUCCCGGUUCGCCAAUAACAUUGCCAACAACAGCGGCCCGCCGACCACGCCCUCCGGAGCUGGACUUGGAGGACUACUUGGAGCUGGGCCUAGCUCUACAGCUACACCGACCAGCAGCCAGACCCAGACCCAGUCCCAGGCCAGCUGGACACCUAGAGCUUCGGCAUCGGCACCGGCCGUAGUCAACCCGCCUCCGCCUAACCCAAUGUUUCUUAAUGGCGACGCGCCGCCGCCGCGGCCUCCCCAGCACCGCAUUUCCCCCUUGCCUUCGCCCUCGAUACCACGAACGACUACCUCGGCCUCUACCAUAAGCAUGGGAACCGGAGGCAAUGCCAUGUCCCAGCUGCAGCCCUCGCAGGUGCGCACCCUGCGGGAGGGGUUCCAGAUCCUCGACCGUGACAGCGACGGUGUGGUGGUCAGGGAGGAUGUCAUUGACAUGCUGAACCAACUGGGUCUACCCAACAAUGCCUCCGACGUCUCCCAAUUCUUCCCUCCCAACGGGCCCCAGUCCAUGACCAUGGCUGUCUUCCUCAACUCCAUCGCAACUGCCCUCUCCAGCCUCUCCCCCAGCGGCGAACUUCUCUCGGCCUUCUCGGCCUUCGAUGACGACGACAGCGGCCAGAUUGACGUGGCCGAGCUGCGAGACGCCCUGCUUAACACAGCGCCCGAACCAGGCGAGAAGCCGCUUACGUCGCUUGAAGUUGACAAGGUCAUGGCCGGCUUCACGGGCCGCAGGGCGUUUGCUCAGAACAGCCAAAGGACGACUGGGCUGGGAGGGGAGAGGAUCAGGAGCGAAGCGUGGGGAGGUGUUCAGAUACCAAGAGUUUGUCAAGUUGAUUCAGGGGACAGGGAAUGGUGGUGA